GCCAGACAGCUUUCAAAGGACCCCACCUAGAUGUCGGGUUGCCAUUGGAAGCUAGAAUAUCAUGCCAAGCCACAUUCUACGUUCAGCCUCACUGCUCUUAGCCCCACUUCUCUUAAUCUUGGAAGGCAUCAGCUUAAAGAUGUGGCUAAUCUCCAACUUUUUCGUACUAUCACGUGACUAUGGCGGAACCUAUCGCCGAGACCCACUUGAAAUUUUCAUGAUAACAAUUUUUGCGCGCAACUUUUUGAAUUCUCUUUUCCUUUCUUCUUCAACGCGUCCAUUAGACAGUGCAGCUCAUUUUUCCACACAACUGGUGCCGGCAUUCUGUUGGUUUUCCUACCGUGUCGUCGUUGAUGUAGACUGCGAUUUCGAGACGCGGAGAAGGAUUCAAUCGAUAUGGUGCCAUAAGAGCUGCCCGAGUAUUAUCUGCCGUAUUGGCAACAUACUGUUGCUUGGGCAGCGUCAGAGGGACCGGACAUUUUAUUUCUAUUGUGCUUACUGUUUUAAUCAGUGUCUUUGGUGUGUUCUGGGGAGGUUGGAAAUUGUGUCAAGCCUCUCAUGGCUAUGCUGGAAUCCUAUGGUUCAACUCGCAUUCGUUUUAGGGUAUGAGUUGACAUGAAGUCUAGCGAUUAUGACAUGAGGCUCCUUUCGCACGUUUCAACUUUAUUAUGUUUAAUCACGGACGGCUCCAGACCUUUCAUCAUUUGAAGAGUCAGGUCAAUCCCCAAUUGCACGCAUGGUACCUAGGCCGUAAAUCUGUUCAGUCUUGUAACCAGGAUCCCGUCUAGACUGGUGAUUGACAGGUUUGACUAGGAAUCGUGGGUUUCCUGGAUUUUAGUAUUCCCGUGUUUGCCACGCCGGACCCUAAAUGUCACUUCGGAAUGUCGUUCCGCCUUUGAGCCGUUGGCAAUUCGGGUUGUUUCCUAUCAAACCUGCCAAGCCUAUCCACUUACCUAGUCGGCAACUAUCACCUGAAGUCCGCCAUCCGCCUCUCACUAUUUUUAAGCUGGUCCCGAGGAUAGUGCUCUGACGUUGAGAUCAGCUGUAAGUGGAACCAGAUACGUAACAGGCACAUUCCUUGCUGCAUACAUAGAACGAUUUUAGAAGGCUAGGAAUAGAAAACAUAGUUGAGAUAUGGAUAUCUCUAUUUGACGCAAACUCAUUUCGGAAAACGAGAUUUCCAAGGACAGGCGAAAGGGAUCGAGAACAUGUUAGAUUGGAAGAGUAAUUGCCCGUCGAUGCCGGUUUUCCACAUGGGCAUCGUCUCGGAUCCUAGUGAAUGAAAGAAAGGGC